AUGAAAUCACGUCCUAUCCAAAGGUGCUCGAGAACGAUACAGACCAUCACCAUGGAUAUUGAAGAGUUUCGUGUGCGUGGCAAGGAGAUGGUGGAGUACAUUUGCGAAUUCAUGAGUAACAUUCACAAUCGGAGAGUAACGCCGGACGUUGGUCCCGGAUAUUUGAGACCCCUUCUACCGUCGGAAGCACCGCAAGAACCAGAGUCUUGGGAGCACAUUAUGAGGGACGUCGAAUCGAAGAUCAUGCCCGGAAUAACUCACUGGCAACAUCCACGGUUUCACGCGUACUUCCCAGCCGGAAAUUCUUUCCCAUCGAUUCUCGGUGAUAUGUUGUCGGACGCGAUAGGUUGCAUCGGGUUUUCAUGGGGUUCGGCUUCGGAGUGUAUUUUAGUGUGUAUGCUGGCAGCAAGGGCGCAAGCAAUUGCCAGAUUAAAAGAAUCACCUGCUCACGCACAUUUGGACGAAACUGCUCUAUUAGGAAAGUUGAUGGCUUAUUGCAGUCGUGAAAGUCACAGCUGCGUAGAGAAAGACGCGAUGAUUUGCUUCGUGAAAUUGAGAAUUUUGGAGCCCGAUGACAAAAGCGUCCUUCGUGGCGAAACUUUACGCCAGGCAAUCGAGGCUGACACAGCCGAAGGAUACAUCCCUUUCUUCGUCUCCACUACUCUGGGCACGACUGCUUGCUGUUCCUUCGACAAUCUCAGAGAAAUCGGCCCAGUUUGUAAAAAAUACUCCGGCGUAUGGUUACACGUGGACGCAGCUUACGCAGGCAACUCGUUCAUUUGCCCGGAAUUGAAGUACCUGAUGGCUGGCAUCGAGUACGCGGACUCUUUCAAUACCAACACGAACAAAUUCUUGUUGACGAACUUCGAUUGUUCCUGCCUUUGGGUUCGCGAUAGAUUCAAGCUGACCGGUGCGCUCGUCGUCGAUCCGCUUUACCUCCAGCACACUCACGCGGAUACAGCCAUCGAUUACAGACACUGGAGCAUACCACUGAGCCGACGAUUUCGAUCGUUGAAACUGUGGUUCGUGAUGAGAAGCUACGGGAUAUUCGGUUUGCAGGCCUACAUUCGGAAUCACGUGCAACUGGCGAAAAGGUUCGAGGCGUUGGUGAGGAAGGACGCGAGAUUCGAACUCUGUAACGAAGUUGUGCUGGGUUUGGUAUGCUUCCGCGCGAAAGGCACCGACAAGCUGAAUCAGAAGCUCCUCAGCACUAUCAACGACUCCGGGAAGCUGCAUAUGGUGCCCGCCCGAGUGAAUCAACGUUUCACGAUUCGUUUCGCGCUUGCUGCGCCGAAUGCCACCGCUUCUGACGUUGGAUGUUAUGGACGAGCUGGCAGACAUCCGCGAGAAGAAGAGGAAAGCCACCUUGGAGCAGAGAAGGUCCUUCUUCGUUCGCAUGGUGUCCGAUCCUGCGAUUCAGCCUGGUUUCACGAAAACGCCGAACAGGACAGGGGCGAAACUCGAUACUCAAGCAACGAUCGGUGGCAUCGGCUCGAAUCCUACGAACACUGCAACAUUUCGUCAUUUGGACACCAUGGUACGACUAAAAGCAAGCGGCACCGGAAGUCGCCGCGGCAGCAGCAACGGAUGCAGCCCGGAUCCAUCGCCAUCCGCCUCGCCGUCCCGUGGAAGAUCGCCAAACGGCAGGGCGGAUGUACGAAGAGGAGGCGCGCAUAAAACUGACCGGCGCUAUGGCAGGUGCCAUCAGUCUCGGUUCCAACGCGGGACAGACGUUUGUUACGCGUUUCCUCGGCAAGUGGGAUCGUGCUUCGAAACAACUGAAACGACGAUCUCCAACAAUUAUCAUGAACAUCGAUGAGUUUCAAGUACGCGGCAAGGAGAUGAUCGAGUAUAUUUGCGAGUACCUACGCACCUUGGAGGGGAAGAGGGUGACGGCGAACGUGGACCCAGGUUAUUUAAGGCCCCUUCUACCGAAAGAGGCUCCGGCGAAAGGUGAAUCAUGGGAUGCCAUAAUGAGGGACGUCGACAGCAAAAUAAUGCCCGGGGUGAGUGUCAACUAUGGGCUUCCAAACGUUGAGAACACGGAUGGUUUGCAGAUCACACACUGGCAGCAUCCACGUUUUCACGCGUACUUUCCAGCGGGCAACUCGUUCCCUUCGAUCCUCGGCGACAUGCUGUCGGACGCAAUCGGCUGCAUAGGUUUCUCUUGGGCGGCGAGCCCGGCCUGUACGGAACUGGAAACCAUCGUACUCGACUGGUACGCAAAGGCGAUAGACCUGCCGCCGGAGUUCCUAGCCGAGCACAAAAGCUCGAAAGGCGGUGGAGUGAUACAAGGUUCAGCCUCCGAGUGUAUUCUGGUCACUAUGCUCGCGGCACGAACCCAGGCGAUUCGAACCUUGAAGGAGCAAGACCCGAACACCGAGGACUCGGCCUUUCUACCACGAUUGGUUGCCUAUUGUUCCACGGAGGCCCAUUCCUGCGUCGAGAAGGCAGCAAUGAUCAGUCUGGUGAAGCUUCGAGUUCUGGAGCCGGAUGAGAAGGGCUCGUUGCGAGGUAAGCGACUGGAAUCCGCGAUCCGGGAAGAUGUGGCGAACGGUCUGGUCCCGUUCUUUGUCUCGACCACACUUGGUACCACCGGGUCCUGCGCGUUCGAUAAUCUAGUCGAGAUUGGACCAGUGUGCAAACUGUAUCCCAACAUUUGGUUGCACGUGGACGGUGCUUACGCCGGGAACGCGUUCAUUUGCCCGGAAAUGAGGCCGUUGAUGACAGGCAUCGAGCAUGCAGACUCGUUCAACACGAAUCCCAACAAGUGGUUGCUCGUCAAUUUCGACUGUUCCUGUCUUUGGGUACGGGACCGAGUGAAGCUCACGUCAGCGCUCGUCGUCGACCCGUUGUACCUUCAACAUGCUAGAUCCGGCGAAUCGAUCGAUUAUCGUCACUGGGGGAUCCCUUUGAGCAGACGAUUCAGAGCGUUGAAACUGUGGUUCGUAAUGAGGUCGUACGGGAUCACAGGAUUACAGAAAUAUAUAAGGAACCAUAUCAGACUAGCGAGACGGUUCGAGACGCUGAUGAGGAGGGACAAGAGAUUCGAGAUCACUAACGACGUGAGAGUCGGUCUGGUUUGCUUCAGACUGAAAGAGAACGACGAGAUCAAUCAAGAACUUUUGGCAAAUAUCAAUGCAUCCGGUAGACUUCAUAUGAUCCCAGCUAGAGUGAUGGGCAAGUAUAUUUUGAGAUUCUGCGUAAUUAAGGAGAACGCUACCGACGAUGAUAUCGAUUACGCCAUGGACGUGAUCGAAGAACACGCGACGGAAGUGAUGCUCGCUCAUUACGAAGGAACAGAAGACGAGUUCAGGGCGAAGGGACCAAAGAGUCCCGCUGCCUUGGACAAGAAGCUCGUGCGAAAGUUCAGCUUCACCAGGAGCGUGACCAGGGACGUGUACAAAAGGUCCAUCUCGAAAUCGAGCCUCCACGACGGCGCUACACCUAUCAUGGUCGUCGACGAUAACUCGCAGGUUGAUACCAUUGAGGAAGACGUGUUCUGCAACAGCAGGUAG